CUCAAGCAAGAACUUAUUAUGGCAACAGCAAAAAGGGAGUAAGCUGUUCACCUACUCAUGUACACCGUAUUUUUAUGAGACACUGCUCCUAACAGAUUUGUACAGUCUUCCGCCUGUUCGGGCAUGUUUGUUUGACAUGGAUGGGCUUUUGAUUGACUCGGAAGAAAAGUAUACGUUAGCCACCAACGCCGUUCUGAACAAAUAUGGCAAGCCAGAUAUUCCUUGGUCGAUAAAGGCAAAGAUGCAAGGACGAGCUGGCCAAGCAGCUGGAGAUGUCCUCCAUGAAUGGGCACAACUUCCCGUAUCCCGAGAACAAUAUAUGUCUGAAGUCCGCGUGUUACAGCAUGAGCACUUCCCAACCUGCAAACCACUCGCAGGCGUCGAGACUCUACUGUCAAAACUAGCAGCUGCCCAGACAACCAGUAAAGAUAAAGUUCAUAUAGCCCUAGCAACAAGCUCCCACAAAUGGGCAUUCGAUCUCAAGACGGCACACCUUCAAGAUAGUCUCUUCACAGUCUUCCAGACUGAACGAAGGAUUCUAGGAGACGACACGAGGAUUCCCAGAGGAAGAGGCAAACCAAGUCCGGAUAUCUACAUUCUAGCGUUGAAAGUUAUUAAUGAGACGCUUCCAGAGGGUGAGAAGGAAAUUCUCCCCGAAGAAUGUCUUGUGUUUGAGGAUUCUGUGCCCGGCGUAGAAUCGGGGAGGAGAGCUGGCAUGAGAGUUGUAUGGGUGCCUCAUCCUGAGCUAUUUAUUGAGUUUCAAGACAGGGAACCAGAGGUCUUGGCUGGGAGAACUGGAGAAGCUGGGGAUGUUGACAUGCACUUAGUAGGGGAGGUAGGUGAUGGAUGGGCUGAGCGGCUGAAAACUCUGGAAGAUUUCCCGUAUCAGCGGUAUGGAAUUGUGACUAGCUAA